GGCUUGGUUGGGUUGUGUUUCGGAGGAGGCGCGGCUCUCCUGAGUCCGUACGGGAGUUGCAGCGAUAAGACAAUAUUGGAUACCAUUAAAUUCUGGAGAAAAGGGGUACAAAAAUAAAUAAAUAGGAAAGGUUGGUGACCACUGGCCUAUACUAUAGCCUAAUCAAGUACAUUUUUCUGAUGGGGGUGGAAAUGCCACACUUUAGUCAUCUGUUGUCAUUGGCUGGUCCAACUUCUGCGCCUUUAUUGUCGGCCCACAAUGGACUCCGACUUCCCUUUAAAUGCAUCUGCUUCGAAUGUCUAACUCAACAAAAAGUUUCGCUGGAGUCUUUCGUUACGUCAAUGGUUCGUUUGAUAAAACACAAACCCGUUGUCAUUAUGGAUAUGUGAUUUUAAAUGUUGUUUCACAAUUUUGGUGGAUAAAGGAUACGAUUUUUCUUCUUCAGAAUAGACUGUCUUUAUGACCAAGAGCUUCGUUUCAUGAUGUGUUCGCUUUGGAGAGGCUUUUCGUUGCCUCUCACUUCGUCGUUAAAUCGACGUUUUUUAAAAUGCUGUCGACAGUUGAGCAGAAGCUACAAUAUAGCGUCUUGUAUCCCGGAGGCAGUCGCAUUCCAAGGUGUCAGUGAUCAUUCGGGACUCUACAAAUUCUCCGUCGACGAAAGUGACCGGUUUUGGGGCGCAGUGGCGCGCCAGAGACUGUCGUGGAUAAGUCCCUUUCACACCGUUCAGAACUGUGACUUUAGUCAAGGCAAAAUAAAAUGGUUUGAAGGGGGAAAACUCAAUGUAUCUGUGAACUGCUUGGACCGUCAUGUUCACACUUGUCCAGAGAGAGUGGCUCUGAUCUGGGAGAGAGAUGAACCUGGAACUGAGGUCAAGAUCACCUACAGACAGCUACUGGAGCUGACCUGUCGCCUGGGCAACCUCCUGAAGCGCCAGGGGGUGCGGAGGGGGGACUGUGUGACUAUCUAUAUGCCCCCCUGCCCCCUGGCAGUGGCCUCCAUGUUGGCGUGCGCCCGGAUAGGUGCGGCCCACAAUGUGGUCUUCGCCGGGUUCAGCUCCGAGGCCCUGGCUGACCGCAUCAGAGACGCCCAGUCCAGCACGGUGAUCACGGUCAACCAGGGUGUGAGGGGAGGCAAGGUGGUUGACCUGAAGAGAACCGUGGACCAGGCCGUCCAGAACUGUCCCUCAGUCCAGCAGGUCCUGGUUGCCAUGAGAACAGAGAACACCGUUGCCAUGACAGACAGAGAUGUUCCGCUGGAGGAGGAGAUGAUGAAGGAGGAUGUGGUGUGUGAGCCCGUUGCCAUGGACAGUGAGGACGUCUUGUUCCUGCUCUAUACGUCAGGCAGCACAGGGAAACCUAAGGGUCUGGUUCAUACACAGGCUGGUUACCUGCUGUACACCGCCCUUACACACAGGUAUGUGUUCAACUACCACGACGGGGAUGUGUUUGGCUGUGUGGCGGACAUCGGCUGGAUAACAGGUCACAGCUACAUCGUCUAUGGCCCUCUGUGUAAUGGAGGAACCACCGUUCUGUUUGAGAGUACACCAGUAUACCCCAACCCAGGCAGGUACUGGGAGAUGGUGGAGAGGCUGGGGAUCAACCAGUUUUACGGUGCUCCCACGGCCAUCAGGCUGCUGCUGAAAUACGGAGACGAGUGGGUGCAGAAUUACAACCGCUCCUCCCUAAAAACCCUGGGCUCUGUGGGUGAACCCAUCAACACAGAAGCUUGGGAGUGGUACCAUCGGGUGGUGGGGGACGGACGCUGCCCUGUGGUCGACACCUGGUGGCAGACAGAGACCGGUGGGAUCUGCAUCGCUCCCAGGCCGUCGGACCCAGAGGCGGAGAUCGUACCGGCCAUGGCCAUGCGUCCGUUUUACGGGAUCAAGCCGGCGCUGCUGGAUACUGAGGGUGAAGUGCUGAGUUCCAAUGAUUCGACUGGAGCUUUGUGUAUCUCCCAGGCCUGGCCUGGUAUGGCUCGCACCAUCCACAACCACCACCAGAGAUUCACAGAGACAUAUUUCCAGCCUUAUCCAGGUUACUUCUUCACCGGCGACGGUGCUUACCGCUCCAAGGAAGGCUAUUACCAGAUCGUCGGCCGUCUUGACGAUGUCAUCAAUGUGAGCGGUCACCGGCUUGGGACUGCGGAACUAGAGGAUGUGGUGAACCAGUGUCCUGGAGUGGCUGAGUCUGCUGCGAUUGGCUACUCCCAUGACAUCAAAGGAGAGGGUGUGUAUGUGUUUGUGGUGUUGAAGAAGGCAGUGAUGGUUCAAGAGGAUGUUCUAGCCCAGCAGCUCAGAGAGAUGGUGUCCAGGAGCAUCGCCAAGUACGCCUGCCCAGACUUCAUUCAGGUGGUGAGGUGUCUGCCAAAGACUCGCUCGGGAAAAAUCAUGCGUCGUGUCCUGAGGAAGGUCGUAGAGCGAAACACGGACGAGCUCGGGGACCUCAGCACGCUAGACGACCCUGACUCCGUGCACGAGGUCAUCAGGGGUCACCAACGUCUCCGUGGCGACGGCAAGCAGCAGUAACAACAGGGUAUUAAAAAGGAACACCACCAAUUUAUAUAUAUAUAUUUUUUGGGGGACUACAGAACAAAGAAAACAACAGUUUUGAAUGAUAUGGUGCUGGAGAGAAUGAAUAUGAGGUUAAACAUUGGUGAAGUUUCCGUUUUAAGUUACAGAACAUUCACAUACACAUGUAUUGUGUAGCACAGAUGCUUCUGUCAUGACCAAUAGAGAAUCAUCAUACCAGUUGCAUACAUUAUAUCCAAUCGGCAACAUUCUGAAUGUUUAACCACGUUUGAAUAGACCUUGGUAACUCUGCACCCAUAUCCAUUCCACAAACUACAGGGACGUGGAAUACGCUGGGAGAACCUUAGAUUUGUGUGUACUGUUGUGAUUCGUUAGAUAUUACCGCACCUGUUGGAGCUAGAAACACAAGCAUUUUGCUACACCCGUAAUAACAUCGGCUAAAUAUGUGUACUGACCAAAAACAUUUGUUUUGAUUUGAGAACCUUAACCAAAAACAAUAUCAGUUAGUAAAAUGGUCUUGAUUAUUGCAUGCUAUUCUUCUUGCUCUAUUUCAUAAGUGCCUGUUCCGGAUAACUGUAAUGAAUUGAGAAGGAAGGUAUUUUUACUAUUGUAUGCAUGUUUAAGAGUUUUAAACUUCUGUUUUUAGUGCAUGAUGCAAAGCAGAUUAUAUUACUUAACUUUGUUUUAUACAGAUUAUGAUUUGAGUGAUAAAGCAACAAUAAACUGCAACCUUUACUGGUCA